AUGAUCAGCGCACGGGCUCUUCUCCUCGCGGCCACCUGCUGCUGCGCCUACCUGUGGCUCGUUCGUGCAGAGGACUCCUCACUGGAGACUCGCUCGUUGGAUUUCCCGCUGAAAACCCAACAGGAGAAAGACCUGAUUGACGCUUUGCAAGAAGUUUUGGAGAAGCUCAGGAGCAAAGAGAUGCCCUUAGAGAAAAAGCUUGGCUGGCUGCCCUCGUGUGACGCGGGAGAACCGUGUGCCGUGCGUAAAGGCGCGCGAAUUGGCACGCUGUGCAGCUGCCCCCGAGGGACUUCCUGUAACUUUUAUGUCCUCAAAUGUUUGUGA